CGCUGUAUGUGAAACUGAGAAAGGGGGACUCAGUCAAGUUAUAUGUGUUCUACGUCUCUCGAAUAAUCAGAGAGGAAAACAACAUAUAUUCUUAAGAUAUAAACAGGCAAUAAGUUUCAGUUCGACUGAGAUCAACACCAUGACUUCCCGAAGGUUGCUCGAUUUCCACGACGACUAUAUCGAGAGAACUUCAACAACAAUGUCAGGUGUCAUCGGUAUAAUUGUGGGAAUUAUAGUCUUGGUAAUUAUUGUCAUCAUCAUCGUCUGUUUCUGUGUGUGUCGUCGACGACGUGGGUACACAGGCCGCACACUCUACUCACCGGCUCCUCAAGCACACACAACCACAACAACAACAACUUCCUACCCGGCCAAUCACACGAUAUUGUACCCAGCACAGCAGCCCAUGCCACAGCAACCGAUGCCACAGCAGCCAGUCAACUACCAACACUACCCAGCACAUCCACCCCCCGGACAAGCUCCACCUCCAUACCCUGGACCUCCACACACAGGAUAUCACUCUGGACCUCCCCCGUAUCCCAUGGCAACAGGUGACCAACAGUGGCAACCGUCUCAACAAAAAAUGGACUCAGCUGGAUACACAGGAGGAAUGGACCAAUCAUAUUUGCAGAAAGCCUCUGCACCACCUCCUGAACCAUAUUAGAUGUGUAAUGCAAAAUGUGAUUGGACAAUGCACAAAGUGCCAAACGUUCUUAUAGACACUAAUGGACAUUGGAUUCUACUUGUUGUCAUGGUGACAGUAGACACAUGAACUGUUUAAUUCAGGCUGGACCAAUGUUAUGCUUUAUUUUAUGGAUUCUGUAUUCCAUAUUCUUCAAUGACAUGUGAAAAAAAAAGAACAAAACAACUUGGGAAAAAACCUCUUGAAAUAAGAUUGAAA